GGAAGAGGAUAAUAAUAUUCUAUAAAUAUACAUGAUGGUUAGUUUUAGUAACUCACAUCAUAGCCACACCCACAAGUAACAAAUCAGAUAUCCUUUUUUAAAUGGCUCAUAUGAUCUUUCUUCUCCUCUCUCUUGUUUUUCUCUACCUUGCAAACACAUCACACUCGUUGGAAAAGUUUCAAUCAUUUCUACACCCAGUUAAUAAAGAUAAGGCCACAAAUAUCUACUCCAUCCCUUUGUCCAUUGGCUCGAGUGUAAGCCAAGAAUUCGUCCUUGACCUCAACGGAGUAGGACCGCUAUUACAAAACUGCGCCACAGCCGCCAAAUCCUCCUCCUUCCACCCCAUCAGGUGUGGCUCCACGAGAUGCACAUACGCGAACCCGAACUUCUCCUGUCCCAACAACACCACCACUAAGACGAAGACUCCGUGUCGGUCCUCCGACAAUGCCCGGCUCUUCCGAGACACUGUCCCGCUAUUAUAUUCAUACAACGGUGUUUACAUUAUGGACAGUGAAAAGAGCUCUUCACUGACUUUGACCUGCACUGAUGGUGCUCCUGUCAAAGGAACCAUCGGUCUCGCUAACACUCACUUGUCCAUUCCCUCGCAGCUCAUUUCUAUGUACCAGCUUGCUCCAAAAAUGGCUCUUUGUUUGCCUUCCAACGAGAAAUCAAAACUUUAUCCUGGUGGCCUUUGGAUCGGCAAAGGGGAAUAUUACUAUCUGCCUUACUUAAAAGAUGUUUCUACGAUCUUUGCCUCCACACCUUUGAUUGGCAAUGCCAAGUCCGGUGAGCAUUUUAUCAAUGUGAAGUCCAUCCAAAUCGGUGGAAAGACCGUUCCAAUACUCCAUGGAGCCACAAAGAUAUGCACUAUGGCUCCUUACACCGUAUUGCAAACUUCCAUUUACAAGUCUCUUCUCACAGCCUUCUCCGGAAACGUCAAGAUGGCUAAAGCUCCAGCCGUGAAGCCUUUUGGUGCGUGCUUCAGCUCCAAUGGAGGACGUGGAGCUCCCGUGAUCGACCUAUUGCUGAGCGGAGGUGCUAAGUGGAGGAUCUACGGGUCUAAUUCGCUGGUGAAGGUGAAUAAAAAUGUGGUUUGUUUAGGGUUUUUGGACGGAGGUGUGAAUCCGAAGAACCCUAUACUUAUCGGAGGAUAUCAGAUGGAAGAUAAUCUGGUGGAGUUCGAUCUCAAAGCUUCCAAGUUUUCUUUCUCUUCUUCUCUUUUGCUUCACAACACCUCUUGCUCAGUGGAAAGGUUAUCUCCUUUCUAAUGCAUGUAAUCGACGAUGGACGUUAUGAGGACAUGUCAUUUGGUUUCAGCGUCGACAUGAUAAAUUAAAGUCAAUAAUUUAAAGACUAUAUAUGAGUAGUCUUUAAUGGCACGCCACUAGCAAGUACACACAGCUGACUGUGAUAGAGUUGUGUUUAGAGGAAAUCACUAUAAUUCGCGUCAUAGAUUAGAGAUAUAUAGACUGAAAGAGUGUCUGGUUAGUAAAGUCAUUAUAAUUCAAUUUUCUUGAUC